CCCAGCUUUGAGUUACACAGGAGCUGCCUGUCAAACAGAUAACCCCGUUAGAAGAAUGCCACCUGCCUCAGUCUGCAUGCAGUGGCUCGUGCUUGUGAAAUGGAUUUACUAUCACAAUGCUCAAGGACUGUUUGAGUAGCUUGUGAGUAAUAACUUUGAUUGACAGAAAAUGGCUUUUUAAUAUUUACUUUUUUAUAUAUUGUGAUUUGGAGAUCUUACCGUAGAAUGGCCUCUGGGAAAGGUGAAAAAGUGUCCAAAUUUGAGACAUUGAAACUUUUGGAGAAAUGCAGAAAGGAAAGAGAUGAUGCCAUGCACAGAGAAAGUGUUCUCAGAGAGAAACUCAGACAGUAUGAGUCGAGGAUGCGUUCGACAGAGGCUCUGAAACAGAAACUGAAGACUUUGACGAUGGACAACAAGGAGCUGAGGAAACAAAUUAAGAUUCUUCGUACAGAGAUUGGACUUGAGUGCAGCCCUAAGUUCAAUGGAAAGACCACAAAGGACAUAAUCAAUGACUUGCAUGAAAAGGACCGUGAGUGCAGCUCCCUGAUGGAGAAGGCUGGGAAACUGAGUCUGACCAUUGAUGAUUUGACUUCAGAGUUGGCAAACACAGUCACCUCUAAAACACUGUUAGAGGAUCAAGUGCAGUCAUUGCAGCAAAAUCUCAAGGAUAUGACAAAUAAUCAACGCCGCCUGCUGAAGCUGUGGGAAGAUAAGAAAGUCCAGAGGGAACAGCUCGCCCUCCCUGCAAUUGCCCAGAAACCUACACAGAAACCAUUCGUCCAUAAAGCAGUUCAAACUGAAAUGUCUGUCAGUCAAUCCCAAAAGCUCCCUGUCAAUGCUUUUGAGACCAAACCAUUUUCCCGGGAACAUGAGAAAAAGACAGUUUUGGAUAAACACAGUUUUCCAACGUAUGGAAAUGGCUAUCAUCAUGAUAAGAAAGCUUUCAUGCAUGAUGAAACUAAAGGAAUUAAGAAUUGAAUACACUGGACUGA